GGCUGGGGUUUGGACAUGAGGGGAACGAGGUGGAGCGACUGGCCGCAGGCCACCACAGAAGUGGCGGACGAGGGCCACCUCAACGUUGUGGGGCGACUCGUUGGUCCGAUCCGCGCAUGCGCUAAGCUUUCCUUUCGCUCUUCCCUCCCCUCCCCUUUCUGUCUUCUCCGCACAGGGAGCAGCUCUCCUGCCACAGCCCCUCAUUUCCUGAAAAUGUACACCUGCGCCAAGUUUGUCUCCACCCCCACCUUGGUCAGGAGCUCCUCUCAGCUGCUGAGCCGGUCACUAUCUGCAGUGGUGCUGAAACGAACAGAGACACUGACAGAUGAGAGCCUCAGCAGCUUGGCAGCCCCACGUCCUCUGACCUCACUUAUUUCUAGCCGCAGCUUCCAAACCAGCGCCAUUUCAAGGGACAUUGACACAGCAGCCAAGUUCAUUGGGGCUGGGGCUGCCACAGUAGGGGUGGCAGGCUCUGGGGCUGGAAUUGGGACUGUGUUUGGGAGCCUCAUCAUUGGUUAUGCCAGGAACCCUUCUCUGAAGCAACAGCUCUUCUCGUACGCCAUUCUGGGCUUUGCCCUCUCAGAGGCCAUGGGGCUUUUUUGCCUGAUGGUGGCUUUUCUCAUCCUCUUCGCCAUGUGAAGGAGCCGUCACCACCUCCCAUAGUUCUUCCUCCCAUGUCUUGUCUGCCCCGUAUGUUUCUUUUCCUAUACCUCCCUAGGCAGCCUGGGGAAAGUGGUUGGCUCAGGGUUUGACAGAGGAAAGACAAAUAAAUACUGUAUUAAUAAUAUGUU